CCUUCGCCGCGCAACAGGUGUCCGUAUCUCGUCGCGCCGCGACUAUCCCCAGUCUAUUCCUAAAAUGCAUAGAUAGCCCAGCACGGAUUUUCCACUGGUGAUUUCCCUCGACUUGUGAGCCUCGAUGUGGUUUGUGAAGUGAUUCUGUUGUGAUUCUGUGCGUUCCGCGGCUGUGUUUUGGUUUUUCCGCGUCCGUUUUAUUCCGAAUAGUUUGCCACCAUGCCGUGCUCAGCGGUUACUUUAUCGUUGGCCACGAUCAGUGCUAUCAUCGCCACGGCCUUACUGGCCAUCGCCUUUUCCACGGAUAACUGGAUGUUCACGAAGGUCUCCAGGGAAGAAAUAAAGAAUAUCGCGAGGAAGGGAGGUCAGGAAUCGCUGAUGGAACAAAUAAACUCUAAAUACUACUUCUACACGAGGCACAAAGGACUCUUCAGAAUAUGUUACCCGAAAGAGAGACCACCCACCGUGGAAACAUACCUUAGCCCGGUGGAAACACAUUGCAUGAACAUCGAUUACCACGUUCCGGAUCCAGAAAAUAGUACGAAAAAUUUCUCCGAGGAUCAAAUGACACGUCUCAAUAUGGGCAGAUCCACCAUCGUAUUGUUCGGCGUGGCCUUCUUCGUCAUAUUCAUCGCCUUCUGGACCGGCGUCGCUGGAUGCUGGAGGAGGUCCCCCGGCAACAUCACCGCCACCGCCAUAUUAAUACUCCUAGCAUGUUUACUUAGCGCCGGAGCAAUGGGAUUCUGGCACGGUGUCGAAUACUACGAAUUAGAAAGGGUGGUCGGAGAGGAAUAUUACCAACAAUGGAGUCCCGAGUUGAAAACACACACGAAAUCAUGGUACGAUUGGUCGUUCUACAUGGCGUGGACUGGAGUUGGUUUCUCUUUAGUAUCUGCGAUUUUAUUCUCGGGAGCAGCCAUUUGUUUGCGAGGCGAACGGGAACGAGAAGAAGCUCUUAACAUGCAGUAUUUGAUGCCAGUUUACCCGCAGAAGCAACAAUACGCUUAUGCUGGCUAUCCGGCCCCUGCCGCCUACCCUGGCCCAUACUACCAUGGUUCACAAUACGGACCUUACAACUACUAGACGCCAUCAUACCGCAAAAUCAACGAACCCUCACGAAAACCAGAGGCUUAAACCGCGCCUUUGGCUAACUCUCGCAACAUCAUCCUCAAAAAGAAAGUCGUAAUUCUCACACAUUUUCCGUUUCGAUAAGAACCAAACAGGAAUUGUUAAAAUCACCAAAAUAUUAUUGCAAGUCCCGCAGGUCGUGGUCGAUUUUUUUAAAUUUAGUAAUUUUUAUAAUUCUCUGUAAAUUUUAACCGAGUUUUUCGUAAACCCGUGAAAGCUGCUUGGAUUCAGCAAUUUGUUUUAAAAGGAAAUCGAUCAUGUUAUUGAGCUCUUCAAAUAAUGUUGACUUUGAACUCGAGACUAAAACUAAAGUCAAGAUAAAAUCUUAUAUUCGUUGUACAGAAUUAUCUGAUAAGUAAAUUAAGAAAGCCUGAAAUCGUUGAGGCAGGAUGAAUCGUACAAAAUGCUUCGUAAACUUAAACUAUACCUUCGAGAACCGUCAGAUGAAGUGAAUAUCCAUCAAUUUUACAUCAUGCUAUAGAUUCUUAUCAGGCUUUUUGUGAGAAUUAUUAUUAUCUUUUUUCGGUGUUUUUAUUGUGCGACUUAGGAGCAAAUGCAUCAUGUGAUAUUUUUCCUCGUACUUUGUGAAUUUGAACUGCAAUCAAGAGAAGACUCCCUCAAAACAAUACGAGUAUCGAAAUACAUUCCUAAAUAAACAUGGAUGAAAUACAUUUCUAAAGUAAACAAGGUAUAUGCAAAAACAAAACAAAAUAAAAUAAAAAAUAAAAAUAUAAAGAAUCAGUGACCAAUUAAGCCGUAGCAUCUAUCCAUCUAGGUGUUUUAUAAUUUUAAUUAAUGACAACAAUCUCCAUUAACUUGACGAAGGAUGUGAUAUGUACAUCAACAAAAGAAAGAACAAAAGUCAAUCGCUUGUUUGGACACAAUAUUUGACUGAUUUUGUGCAUUGCGUGUUUACCAUAUCGUCCAAUUGUCUUCUUUGAAUUUCAUUUUCGACUCUUAAUGUACCAUAUAUUUCUAAAUAAGUUGACCUUCGAUAAAAUAUCCACAAAAUGUAAGAUCUAAUGGUGCUGUUCAAGUAUGUUCAAAGAUGCUUUUUUUAAAAACUGAAUGUCAUUGCUUUGAUUUAUAAUUUGCGGGACUCGUUUUCACACUGGAAAAGAGAUACUUAAUUUGGGCAGGAUUGUUCUGUUCGUAUGGUGUGAUGUAUUUUAAAACAAGCAUCAAUAGAACCCUUCCGUGGCAGCUGAGGACACAGCAAUGUUAUAUACGGUGCAGUUACUAGGAGUUUAAACUUAAUUGCAAUGAAGCACAUAAGUAUAAUGAAAAAUGAGUAAAAUUGCGCUGAUGAGAUUUUCAUCUUGCAAGGCUUGGAAUUUUACGAGUCCUCUCCAAAAUACAAUGAACGCGUAAUUUAUCAUCACUGUACGAUAUUACAGUGAUGAUGAGGUAAUCUCCGCCCAAAAUUCGAGAUGAAAAUUAGAGAGAGGGAAUUGCCAUUAAAAUACGUAUUAGUUUCGACCUCUCGAACGCCACAAGCAAGCUGUUCCCGCUGCACGAAGAGUUCUAAAAAAACGGCAACCUUUGUCAAACCCUUAGGUUGUGAAUAUACCGCAGUUUUUUCUAUGCAUCAGAAAUGUGUACAUACUUUUGUAAAUUUUUAAUUUUAAUCAUCAAUUUACGAUAAGUUCUCUGUUUAUUAAUGCUCAAUUUUAUAAGACUUUCCUCUUUAAUCUCUCUUCUUUUUAUUAUUAUUUAUUUUAUUCUAGUUUUCUUCGAUCCGAUCAGAUAUUCCAAGCAGCGUUUACAUAGAGCCAUUUUCAGUUCAUUUGAAAUCCUUCCGAUUCACCCAACUUUUAAAAGUUUACUCGUUACCCCGUGCCGUAAAAGAAUAUGAAAUGGACGCAAGGAGGUUUGAAUCAUGCUUGCAAAGAAUCAUCUAACACGCAAGAUCCAGUGUUUGUAAAAUACACUAUUCUAGACUCGUUAUGCGAUUCAUGUUUCAUAAAUCCAAUUCAUAUUUCCGAUUACAAUAACCAUAAGUAUUUGAAGUCUUGCGCGAAGUUUUUUUUAAAAAAAAGGCUCAUUACGGAAUGAUCUGAAGUGGCUCCAUCAAAUCCCCCCCCCUUUAAUUUUUUGUAAAUAUUCUUCCAGUCGGAGGCAAUUAAACAUCACAAUUCAGUAGGCUUUACAUUUUGGUGGACAGUAUUGAUCACCUUUAUUUACGCCUACGGAGCGACAUCUAAGUAUGCGAAUAAAAUUCUCCUUUUCAAGUCAGCCGAAAUUUGAAGUACCUACUGCUCUCCGAUUCGAUCAAACUUUCUAUUUGAUAACCUUAUUUAUUUAAAACAAAAUAGACUUGAUGUUUCUUUUUCGAGUGAUAUUUUCCCGUGUUUUAUGGUUAAGUAACUUUAGAUAACGAAUUGUAAAUGACAGAUAUAUAUUGUACAGAUUUUGUAAAAAAUUCUUUAAAUGCGAGGAAAUUUUACAGUAGCGAAGUAUCGAUCUACCUUCUACUUCUUAAUGUAACUGAUGCAACAAGAGAGUUUUGAAUUAGACCUUGUUUUGACAACGAUUUUAACAAAUAUUCCAGUCACUUUGUGUUAGGAAUUUUCUGUAAUAAAAAUGUGUUUUCUCGCCAUCA